GACUUUGUACACGUUGCGAUAGACUCUACAAACUCCAACGAACACGAUGCUAUAUCAACGCUAAUUCGUAAGAUUUUGACCGAAAAUCAAGAAGUAAUCGAAAUUCGCUUACCUGUUCGGUAUCGGUGAGGUUUUUCAUAUUGGAUGAAGCAGAUGGUCUAUUAUCAGCUGGCUAUGGAAAUCAGAUCACAAGAAUGUGGGAGCAGAUUCCUAAGAUCACAAAUGAUGGAAAAAGACUUCAGAUGGUAGUGUGCUCUGCUACUCUUCACUCCUUUGAUGUGAAGAAACUUGCUGAGAAGGUGAUGCACUUCCCAAUCUGGAUUGAUCUUAAAGGACAGGAUAGUGUCCCAGAGACAGUUCAUCAUGUGGUUUGUAAAGUUGACCCAAGAGAGGAUACAACAUGGCAAAGGAAAAGUGAUAAAGUCAAAACUGAUGAUGUCCAUUACGAAGACCCAAUUAGAUGGGGCAGUCAUGACAGAGAGACUCUGUCUGAAGGAGUAAAAAUCCUGAAGAUCGACUACCUUGUGAAGGCCAUUGUCGAACAUCGUAUGGACCAAGCUAUUCUAUUCUGCCGUACCAAGAUAGAUUGUGAUAAUUGUGAAAGAUUCCUGAUGACCCUAGGAGGGGGUCCUCGUGCCCUACCCAACCAUCAGUACUCAUGUGUGUGUCUCCAUAGUGAUAGAAGGCCACCGGAACGAAGAGAAAAUCUCCAAAAAUUCAAGGACAAGAAAGCUAGAUUCCUGAUUUGUACGGAUGUUGCUGCUCGUGGUAUUGAUGUUAAAGGAAUCCCAUUUGUUGUCAAUGUGACAUUACCCGAUGAGAAGCAAAACUAUGUCCAUCGUAUCGGACGUGUAGGCAGAGCUGAGAGGAUGGGUCUAGCUAUUUCACUUGUUUCUACAAUCCCUGAAAAGGUAUGGUACCACUCCUGUCCUAGUCGUGGUAAGAGUUGCCACAACACUGCCUUGAAGGACCAAGGUGGUUGUUGUAUCUGGUACAAUGAGAUGCAGUAUCUAGCUGACAUUGAAGAGCAUCUAGGGGUAAUCAUCGAUCAGACAGAUCCCUCCAUUAAAGUAAAAGCUGAUGAAUUUGAUGGCAAGGUGACUUAUGGACAGAAGAGAAAACAUCUAGGGAGUGGCUAUAAGGGUCAUGCAGACGACCUGGCCCCGGCAGUAUCUGAGUUACACAACCUAGAGAAGAGAGCUCAGUCAUCCUUCUUACAGUUUUCUGGCAUCGCUUCAUGAAAAGAUAUAACUAGGAGGGUGUUCCAUAUGCUUUUCAUAUAGUUACAUACGACUUUGCGAAGGGCUGAUAUCAAAUGUUAACCAACAAAUGUUAGCCAACAUUUAAAGAAAGUAACUAUUAAUCACACUGAAAUUAUGGAAAUUGUUAUGCUCCCCCCCCCCCCCCACUGCUAAAAAAAAGAAGAUGUUUUAAAACUAUAAAGGAUAAUUUGAAUCAGCAUAUUUCAGUUUAUAAUUCAACCUUUAUGUAUUGCAACCAUGCAUGCACAUCGCAAGUUGGGUUGUAUUUGCAGAUGAACUUGAUUUAAGAAAUCUUUGGCUUUGCAUAUUCCAUUUGUCUAUUUAAUUGUCAUUUAUAACUUGUCAAAAUGCUUAUGAAACCAACUUCUGCCAAAAAAAAGGCUGUUUCCAAAAGCUGUAUGUAAAGUUCCUCAUGACUUCAUAUUUUUGUUCGCAUUUUUAAUAGCUGCAGUAAGUUUCACCUCUCUACCUUGACAAGUUGAGUGUCUUUUAGCGGUUAACUCUUUUGGGAAACAGUUCAUGAGAGCUAAAGUGGCUACCAUGGGUAAAUGAGACCUUAUUAUUUAUUAUUUCAUUUAUGUUAUUGUUGCCUGAAUGAAUAAUGUUAAAUCAUGAUUUCAUAUAAUUAUGUCCAGAUGGUCAGAUAUAGAGUCAAGAACAGGUUACAUACGAGUAACUGAUCGCUUGCAAUAUGCAUGUCUUUACUGCUUUUGAUGUGAACUUUUCAGGGUUCACCAUGCUUUUGUAACCCAGAGUUUGAUGGAACUCAUACAUAUAUUUCACAAAGUUUACUAAGUUUGUGAAUUCCUAAUCACUUGUAUGGAUAUCAGUGAUUCAGAAGUCAUUUAUUUGAGUAAGAAGUGCAAUUUGGAAAGCCCAAUGGUUUUCUUUAAAAUAAAAAUCAAGUUUAAUACUAUUGUUAUAUUCUCACAGUAUUAACUUAAUCUUAGAUUAACGUUGGUCACACUUGUAUGGAGUACAUGUUACCAGGUCACCACACAAGUAAAGAUUACUUAAAUCCUGAAGGGAAAAGUGUCUAAAUAAUUUUAAUCAUAUUUUAUUUUUGAUGAAAUAUUAAAAGAAAACGGGAGUAUGAAAUUUAAGCUUUCUCCAAAGUUUUGCUAAAUACAAAAUGUGUCUGUCAUUUUUCUAGUUGAUUAUUUUAUGAACAUUGUGUCCUAAACUUUGACGCUUCAAAAUGGCUUGAGCCUUGAUUGAUUCAUCAUCACACACAUGUUUUUAGGAAACAGUUCGUAAAAUUGUGCUCAACUUUACCAACAACUGCAAAUGUUCGUAGGUACUACGUAAGCUACAUAGGGAUAUAUCAUUUAGCACAAGAAAGGGUCACAAAUCAUGCAUAAAGUGUCAUGCACCCACACCUGAGCAUAUUUCAAAUGGGGUUUACCAGAAUCAAGCUGUCAAUUUCAAGUCAAAGUAAGACCCAAAUACUGCUGCCAGUUUCAAGAUUUCUUAUUUUAUUCUGCUGUGUGCUUUUCGAAAUGUUUUUUUCUUUUCAUUUUGUAAUUUCAUUGCAAAUUGUUGGUUAUCCAUGCAGUGACAAUCCCAAAAUCAGAUAUGAAAAGUUAUACACUUGAAUAUUAUACAUUUAUGAACUUUCUACAAAAGAAGUAAUAGGUAUAAAGGGAUGUCAAGAUUAGGUAUAUUCCUUCUUUUUUCUCUCUCUUUUCUUUUUGUUUUUCUUAUUGUACUCUUAGUACCCUUCUUAUUUAUUUAUCUAAACAUAUUAAUUGUAGGCUUGUCCAGCAUAUAAGAUAUGCAUUUUUGCUUGAAGCAAACCUGUAAGUUUGUCAGUAGAUAAUAAAUGAAUGGCAACCACAUCUGGGAUGAGACCCUGGAUUAAAAUAUGAGAAUGUAAUAAAUGCUUUUUGUCAAAUGCA